CCAAACAAAGCUCCCGGCAACUUUCUCCCUCGCAGCGCCCCGCCCGCCCGCGGCUCCCCAGCCCCAGGCCGGGAGGCCCAGAUGGGGGAACCCCGGGCUGGGGCCGCCCUGGACGAUGGCAGCGGCUGGACGGGCAGUGAGGAAGGCAGUGAGGAGGGUACCCGGCGGCAGUGAGGGGGCUGGGGGUGACGGGGGCCCGGAUGCAGAGGGGGUGUGGAGCCCAGACAUUGAGCAGAGCUUCCAGGAGGCCCUGGCCAUCUAUCCACCCUGCGGCCGCCGGAAAAUUAUUUUGUCCGAUGAAGGCAAGAUGUAUGGUCGGAAUGAACUGAUCGCCCGCUACAUCAAGCUGAGAACAGGGAAGACCCGAACUCGAAAACAGGUUUCUAGUCACAUCCAAGUUUUGGCCCGAAGGAAAUCGAGGGAAAUCCAGUCCAAGUUGAAGGCCCUGAAUGUGGACCAGGUUUCCAAAGACAAGGCUUUCCAGACAAUGGCUACCAUGUCCUCUGCCCAGCUCAUCUCCGCGCCUUCCCUGCAGGCCAAACUGGGUCCCACCGGUCCUCAGGCCUCUGAGCUUUUCCAGUUUUGGUCUGGGGGAUCUGGGCCCCCCUGGAAUGUUCCAGAUGUGAAGCCAUUCUCACAGACACCGUUCUCCUUGUCACUGACUCCCCCAUCUACUGACCUCCCAGGUAAGAGCCUGCGCUCCACCCUCCCUCAUCUCCCCUCUCUCUCUUCGACCCCUGCUGCCUUUUCUUCAACCUUCCAUCAAUUGAGGGAUACAUUGUGGUGUUUUUUUUUUUUUUUGAGAUGAAGUCUCGCUCU